UUCGCAAAGCGGCCUGAGCUUUCAGGAGGUCAGUCGUUCACUAAAGUCCCUUCGUUCCGUUUCUUGUCUUGGGAGAACAGCAGGUCACCGAUGUGUGAGUGACUGAAACACACUGAAUGUCCUAUCUCCACUGGCUCGGCUUGCCUCUGCUGCUCCUCUCUUAGGAUCUAGAUGCCUGCACGUCCUGGCUACAGUGUCUAAAGGACUGUUUGACAUUCCAACAGGAUGCUGAGGCCCACAAUUUCUAAAACGUGACAUGAAGAGUAAUGAAGCAAACCAUUAGCAUCUGUUGCACAAAACAUCAGUAACCAGAUGUGUUAAACAGUGUCUGCCAAAAAAAACAGAUUAAUGGUGAAGAAGAUGUCAUCAUCUGUCUGGAAACUUUGGGCCCUGUGGUGCUUUAUUGUCCUCAGUGGGUGGUUACCGUUUACGAAAGGUUUCAGCCGAGCUGCCUUGCCCUUUGGGCUGGUGAGGAGGGAACUGUCCUGUGAGGGCUACCCCAUUGACCUCCGCUGCCCAGGAAGUGAUGUCAUCGUGAUCGAGAGCGCCAACUAUGGUCGGACGGAUGACAGGAUCUGUGACGCUGACCUGUUCCAGAUGGAAAAUGUGCAAUGCUACCUCCCAGAUGCCUUCAAAAUCAUGACACAGAGGUGCAACAACCGAACACAAUGUGUUGUGAUAACGGGGUCAGAUGUGUUCCCUGACCCUUGUCCAGGGACCUACAAAUACCUUGAGGUCCAAUAUGAAUGUGUCCCCUACAUUUUUGUUUGUCCCGGGACUCUGAAAGGGGUCGUGGAAUCGGCCUACAUAACUGAGGCUGAGCAGCAGUCUGGCGCCUGGUGUAAAGACCCACUGCAGGCUGGGGACAAGAUCUAUUACAUGCCAUGGACACCAUACCGCACGGACACCUUGAUAGAAUAUGCGUCGUUGAAUGACUUCAUCUCUGGGCGCCACACCACCACCUACAAGCUGCCCCACCGUGUCGAUGGUACCGGUUUUGUGGUGUACGAUGGAGCCGUCUUUUUCAACAAGGAGCGGACGAGGAACAUUGUCAAGUACGACCUGAGGACUCGAAUCAAAAGCGGUGAGGCCAUCAUCGCCAGCGCCAACUACCACGACACCUCCCCCUACCGGUGGGGGGGCAAGUCGGACAUCGACUUGGCGGUGGACGAGAACGGGCUGUGGGUCAUCUACGCGACCGAGCAGAACAACGGCAUGAUGGUUGUCAGCCAGCUGAACCCUUACACGCUGCGCUUUGAGGGCACUUGGGACACCUCGUAUGACAAGAGGUCGGCCUCCAAUGCCUUCAUGAUCUGUGGUGUCCUGUACGUUGUGCGCUCGGUGUACGAGGAGAAUGAGAGUGAGACGGGCAAGAACUCGAUAGACUACACGUACAACACCAACCUGAACAGAGGGGAAUACAUUGACAUUCCAUUUCCCAACCCCUACCAGCACGUGGCAGCUGUGGAUUACAACCCGCGGGACAACAUGUUGUAUGUUUGGAAUAACUACUUCAUACUGAGGUACGCUCUGGAGUUUGGACCUCCCAAUCCAGCCCAAGAACCAACCACGAUUGAGACAACUUCUUUAGGGGCAGCUGGUGUGAAAACCACAGUGGCAACCACAACCUCAACCACUUCUGAGAAAGCUCUCACCACCACAACUCUGGCUGCAGGCACGAAAGAGGGCAGCCGAGGGCCCAGACCAGGCCUACCCGACGCUGUGACUAAAACGCCCCCAGUGUCCACAUUCUUCCCCAUCCCCGAGAGAUUCUGUGAGGCCACCCAAGCCAGGGAAAUAGGCUGGCCUCAGACACAGCGAGGCCUGAUGGUGGAGCGACCAUGCCCCAAGGGCACUCGAGGCACUGCCUCUUAUCUCUGCAUGGUCUCCACCGGCAUGUGGAACUCAAAGGGCCCUGAUCUUAGCAACUGUACUUCACACUGGGUAAAUCAAGUGGCUCAGAAGAUUAGGAGUGGUGAAAAUGCUGCUAACCUAGCCAAUGAGCUGGCCAAGCAUACCAGAGGACCCAUUUAUGCCGGAGACGUGAGCUCGUCAGUUAGAUUGAUGGAACAGCUCGUCGACAUCUUAGAUGCACAGCUCCAGGAUCUGCGGCCCAGUGAGAAAGACUCUGUGGGUCGCAGUUUUAACAAGCUCCAAAAAAGAGAGAGGACUUGCAGGGCGUACAUUAAGGCCAUCGUGGACACGGUUGACAACCUGCUCAGACCAGAGGCUCUGCAGUCGUGGAAGGACAUGAACUCGACAGAACAGGCUCACGCGGCAACACUGCUGCUCGACACGCUGGAAGAAGGAGCCUUCGUCCUGGCCGACAACCUCAUGGAGCCGACCACGGUCACGGUGCCCACCGAGAAUAUAGUUUUGGAGGUUGGCUUGCUGAUUACAGAGGGCCAGGUGAAGGAUCUGAGAUUCCCCCAGGGCUACAUGGGUGGAAACUCAAUCCACCUAUCAGGCAACACCAUCAAGCAAAACAGCCGGACCGCGAAGCUGGUUUUCACCCUGUACAAGAGCUUGGGGCAGUUUCUGACCACAGAGAAUGCAACGAUCAAACUGGCAGGUGACGGGACUGGGCGGAACUACUCCAUCGCGGUGAACUCCCACAUUAUCGCCGCAUCCAUCAAUAAGGAGUCCAGCCGCAUUUAUGUGACCGAACCUGUCGUCUUUACCCUGGCACAUAUUGACCCUGACAACUAUUUCAAUGCAAAUUGCUCAUUCUGGAGUUACUCAGAGCGGACUAUGAUGGGUUUCUGGUCCACCCAGGGCUGUAAGCUGAUCGACACCAACAGGACUCACACCAAGUGCGAGUGUCGGCACCUGACCAACUUUGCAAUCAUCAUGGCCCACAAGGAGGUGGAGUACUCCAGCGAGAUGCACGAGCUGAUGCUUUCCAUCAUCAGCUGGGUGGGAAUUGUCAUUUCCCUCAUCUGCCUGGCCAUUUGCAUCUUCACUUUUUGCUUCUUCCGGGGCCUUCAGAGUGACCGAAACACUAUCCACAAGAAUCUGUGCAUGAACCUGUUUGUCGCAGAAUUUAUCUUCCUUGUGGGCAUCGAUAAGGUUAACUAUGAGAUUGCCUGUUCCAUAUUUGCUGGGGUGCUGCACUUUUUCUUCCUGGCUGCCUUUGCCUGGAUGUGCUUAGAAGGCGUUCAGCUCUACCUCAUGCUGGUGGAGGUCUUUGAGAGCGAGUACUCUCGGAAGAAGUAUUUUUACCUUUGCGGCUACCUCCUUCCGGCUAUCGUGGUGGGAGUCUCGGCAGCUGUUGAUUAUAAGAGCUAUGGGACAAAGAAAGUCUGCUGGCUGAGAAUUGAUAAUCACUUCAUCUGGAGCUUCCUUGGGCCUGUUUGUUUAAUCAUCUUGGUCAAUCUCAUCUUCUUGAUCAUCACCGUGGUCAAAAUGGUGAAACACACUCCGACGUUGAAACCAGAGUCGAGCAGAUUGGAGAAUAUCAAGUCUUGGGUUCUGGGUGCUUUUGCUCUUCUCUGUUUACUUGGCUUGACUUGGGGAUUUGGACUGCUAUUCAUCAAUGAGGAGUCUGUCGUAAUGGCCUAUCUCUUCACAAUAUUCAACGCUUUCCAAGGAAUGUUUAUUUUUCUAUUUCACUGUGCUCUUCAGAAAAAAGUUCGUAAAGAGUACAGCAAGUGUUUCCGCCACUCGCAGUGUUGCAGUGGGCUGACGGCCGACAGCUCCCACAGUUCAGCCAAGGCGUCGACCAGCAGGACCAGUGCUCGAUACUCCUCUGGCAGCCAGAGUCGUAUUAGAAGAAUGUGGAAUGACACUGUGCGAAAACAAUCAGAAUCUUCCUUUAUCUCAGGUGAAAUCAACAGCACCUCAACACUUAAUCAAGGUCAUUCACUGAACAACGGCCGGGACACAAGCGCAAUGGAUACUCUACCACUUAACGGCAACUUCAACAACAGCUACUCCAUUCGGAAUGGGGAUUUCUCCAACGACAGUGUGCAGGCGCUGGACUGUGGGAUAAGCCUGGGCGACACGGCCUUCGAGAAGAUGAUCAUCUCCGAGCUGGUGCACAACAACCUCCGGGCCGGUGGCCCCAAGGCGCACAACCUCGACCGCGGCCUGUCCGCCAAGAUGGCCGCCGCCGGUGGCAGCAGCAGCGAGGACGACGCCAUCGUGGCCGAUGCUUCGUCCUUGGCGCGCGGCGACCGGCCGGGGGACCCGCGGCAGCCGGAACUGGAAGCCCCGCUGAUCCCGCAGCGCACUCACUCCCUCCUCUACCACCAGCAGAAGCGGGCGGAGCCCGAGGCUGACGCCGGCUACGUGGCGGAGCUGACGGCCGAGGUCGACGGCUCCCUUCAGUCGCCCAACAGAGACUCCCUGUACACGAGCAUGCCCAACCUGAGAGACUCUCCAUACCCUGAAAGCAGCCCCGAGGCAGAAGAAGACUUGUCCCCUUCCAAGCGCAGUGAGAAUGAGGACCUUUACUACAAGAGCAUGCCCAACCUAGGUGCUGGGAACCAACUCCAGACGUAUUAUCAAAUCAGCAGAGGCAACAGUGAUGGAUAUAUUAUCCCCAUUAACAAGGAAGAGUCUAUUCCAGAAGGAGAUGUGAGGGAAGGACAAAUGCAACUGGUAACUAGCCUGUGAAACACAUGCGUUUAAAAACUCAGCAAAAGAUAAAAGGACCUCUGUAAGGUGCCACCCCUCGUAUCUACCUGAAUAGACAAUGCAGCCACCUGUGGUGCUUUUACAUUGUACAGGAACGAGAAACAGCUGGCUGCUGCCACUCUGUGAAGACUUUGUGAGGAAUAGGACUCUCUCGCUACACAGAAACAGUAUUGUUCCGUCGCAAGCUAAACCAGACAAAUCCUAGGGUCUCUGCGCCUUUGUGCACUGCUGUUGAUGCAGUGGGAGAACUUCUGGCCAUUCCAGUGCAGCCGUCUUGAACACAGUUGUAUAUAUACAUAGUUGCACCUUGUAUCCCUCGCCCUCCCCCCGGCAAU